AUGGCAGAGUCCAACCCUCAUCGAAAAUCCAUCGUAGCCGACCAUCCAAUCCGUACAUCCAACAACAUCCAAUACCUAACCGACGACGAGAUCUCCGAAUUUCUCGACGAUCUCGACCACAAUAACGAUGGCUUCAUAAACUACAACGAAGUCGAGCGAAAGCUCGAUCAAGAGCACGCCGAGCUAGUCCCUAAACCGAGCGCCCACCACGUCAUACAGCGGGACCAUACCGAAGAUGACCGUGCGCGCCAUCAGUUCCUGCGCAGUAUGAUGGGCUCCGACGCGGAGAAGAUCCCGAGGGAUGAGUUUGCCAAGAUGGUGAAGGAGUGGAAGAUCCCCUCGUUGAAGCAGGCGAAGAAGGAGGAGGAUGAGGAUAAGAGCUACAUUAAGCGUUUGCCUGGUUGGAGACGAAUUCGCUCAUACUGGGCUGUCCAUGGGCCGGAGAUUGUAUUUCUAGGAGUCGUUAUUGGUAUGCAGUUCGCGUUUGGCAUCUGGCAAUUGGUCAAGUACCAGACCACGCCUGGAUAUCGUGAAGCCUUCGGUUGGGGUGUCGUCAUGGCCAAAACUUGCGCUGGUGCGCUGUAUCCGACGUUCUUCUUUCUGAUUCUCAGCAUGUCGCGAUACUUUUCGACGUGGCUGCGCAGGUCGUAUCACAUCUCGCGAUUCUUCAACUGGGACUUGUCGCAGGAGUUCCAUAUCCGAAUCUCUUGUGUUGCGAUUCUGUUGGCGACGCUGCAUGCCAUUGGCCACUUGACUGGAUCUUUUGUGCACGGCAGCGAUCCCAAGAAUGAAGACGCUGUCGCAGAAGCUCUUGGUCCAGACAUGGUCCCCCGCCCGUACAUCGACUACGUCCGCUCGCUACCAGGCUUCACGGGAAUUACUGCCCUCGGCCUCUUCUACAUCCUCUCACUACUUAGCAUUCCCCAAGUUCGAAAAUGGAACUACGAGAUCUUCCAGCUGGGCCAUUUACUCAUGUAUCCCAUCAUUGGUCUGAUGAUGGCCCAUGGCACAGCCGCAUUGCUCCAGUGGCCCAUGUUCGGAUACUUUCUCGCCUUCCCAACCCUCCUCGUUCUCGUUGAGCGCGCCGUCCGUGUCUGUCUUGGCUUUCAUCGCAUCAAAGCCACGAUGAAGGUUCUUGACAAAGAAACCGUCGAGAUCACUGUCGUCAUCCCCAGCGAGCGACUCUGGAAGUACAAGGCUGGCCAGUACAUCUUCCUCCAGGUUCCCAAGAUCAGCUUCUUCCAGUGGCACCCAUUCACCGUCUCUUUCUGUCGCGGCAACAAGAUGAUGUUGCACAUCAAGACGGACGGCAACUGGACUGCGAAGCUUCGAGAGCUCGGUGGUGAGUCUGGGGAGUCUGAGAUUGAGGUCGGCAUCAAUGGGCCGUUUGGUGCACCUGCCCAACGAUUUUACGACUUUAACCACUCAAUCAUCAUUGGCGCUGGUAUUGGAGUAACUCCAUUCUCCGGCAUCUUGGCUGAUCUGCAGUACAACGAUGAUCUCGAUCACGGCGGUCCGAACCACGAAGUAGACCAUCCUCGCCAUGACUCCGAUGUCACUGCUAUUUCUCCUGAGCACCGCGCUUCAGCAUCAAUCACUAGCACGGAUGCUGAGAACAGCGACAACGUCCCUGAAUCUCCAACGAGGCAAGGAAGUGUUGGCCCCGACCUCAUCAACAAAGAGAAGCAGCCCCAAACCGACCGCGCUGCCACUUUUGCAGAUGACUAUCGACGCGUUGACUUCCACUGGAUGGUGCGAGACCGUAACUACCUCCUCUGGCUCUCAGAUCUACUCAAUGAUGUAUCAAUGAGCCAAGACUGGCAUCGCGAGCAUGAGGUCCACCCUCAUCUCGACAUUCGUAUCAAUACCCACGUCACAGCGAAACGCAAGAAGCUCACAACCCACGUAUACCGUUGGCUACUGGAGAUGCAUCGUACAGAUGAGCACCCAGCCUCUCCUCUCACCGGUCUUCUCAACCCUACGCAUUUCGGAAGACCUGACUUCGACCAGAUCUUGGAUGAGCAUUAUGAGGAGAUGCUCAAGUUCAGGGCCAGUAAAAGGAGGAACAGACGGGAUAAGGAAGAUGAAAACUAUCAAGGAGACGAGGAGCUCAAGGUUGGCGUGUUUUACUGUGGUGCGCCUGUUGUUGGAGAGAUUUUAGCGGACAAGUGUCGCGAGCUUACGUUGAGAGGUUGGCAAGAUGGUAGUAAGCUGGAGUACCACUUCAUGAUCGAGGUGUUUGGAUAG